GUUCUCAUGGGAAAUCUGGAUUGACUGGCUCAUCCACAAACUUGAGGUUUGCUCUCUUGAGUUGUUUACGCCUGACUCGUACAUUCUCAUCUGCCAAGCUCUCUGUUCGUCGUAUCAGCUGCUGAAAGACGAUGGAUGACACCACGGCUGUCGAUCCGAGGCCGACACUGACCCUGCAGCAGGCAACAGACAUGACAACUGAGCUAUACGGAGUCACCGUAAAUGAGAUCUCCACCUUAUCCAGCUAUUUUGACCAGAACUUCCUAGUAGUGGACAAACACGGUACCAAGUACAUUCUGAAGAUCAUAAACUCAGAGGAGAGUAAGAACACCGCCCUGCUACGAGUGCAGACCCUGGCCAUUACCUUUCUGCAGCAGCAUGGGCUGCCUGUUCAGACUGUUGUGCCCACCGUUACAGGAGAGCUCAUGAGAAUGAAGGAAACAGACUGUGGACACGGCAGAAGGAGUUACUGUGUGAGGCUGAUGUCCUAUCUUCCUGGAAACACCAUUGCAGAAACACAGCUUACAACACAGGAUCUCUAUCAUGUUGGCAAGUUGAUUGCAAGAAUGGAUAAGGCACUGCAACAGAUGGAAUCUCCAAACCUCAGUGUCUUAAAAAACGAUGAUGAUAUCUGGAGUUUAUCCAACACUCCUCUAGUGGAGGACUACCUGUCAGUGAUGGAUGGGGAUCCUCUGCAAGAAGUGAUCAAAGUGGCUAUUGAACAAUUCAAAUCAUAUGUGCGGCCCAAAAUCAGCUCUUUCCGAGAAGCGAUCAUACACGGGGAUGCAAACGACCGUAACAUCAUUGUCACACCCGUUGAAAAUGGACGUCACGUGGUGUCAGGCAUCCUGGACUUUUCGCUGCUCAUGAAUGGAUGCUAUGUGUAUGAAGUUGCAAUUACAAUCAUGUACUUGAUGCUGAAGAAUCACAGUCCGCUGGAUGUAGGUGGAGCAAUUUUAGCAGGCUGGGAGAGCGUCAUACAGCUCAAUGACGCUGAAAGAGAUUGCCUCUUUCUGCUGGUGGUUGGACGGCUGUGCCAGUCUAUGGUUUAUGGGCUGUACAAUGCCAAAAAAUACCCAGACAAUGAAAAAUACAUCCUGCAUACAGCCAAAAAUGGAGCUCGGCUUCUGAAUAAACUCUGGAAGCUGGGCAAGAAAGAAGUUGAGAGUAAAUGGUUCACAGAUGCCAGCACAUACUCAGACAAGUAAAAGUACAAUAAUGGAUGAGCAUGACAGAGAUGAAAUAAUAUCUGACAGAAUGUCUGUCAACAAACUGUAUUUUGUUAGAUAUUUCACUUUCAUGUACAGCAUCAUCAAAGUAAUGUGCAAUAUUUCAUGUUUUACUCGUUUUUCAGGCGCAGUAUGUAAUUUUCAUGUGCAAGUGUAGUAAGCAUUUAAAAAGAAGACUUGUUUGCAUUACAAUUAAUCCCUCAAGCUACAUCUUACUGUAGGAUAACCUUUCAGUCAUUUGACCAAGGGAGUGUUUUCUUCCCGCUGCUACCAGGUGCUUUCUAAAAGGAAGCUAUUGGAUUUCUUGGGUUUCUCUCUGUUAUAUUUCCAUUGUGAACUAUUGCGCUUAAAAAAAUAAAACUGAAUUGAACUGAA